AUGUUCCAUGAGAGGCUAAAAUUGGCUGCAUUCGGCUGCGAGGCUGGUAGCUACAAGACCCCUCAGCUUUCGUUAACGUAUAAGAGCUCCACCGUCCCGCCAUGGCUAGUAACCAUCAGUCCUCCCCUCUCUUCCAUUCUCAUCCUACACUGUUUGAGUAAAUCAUUUCCUGAACUCCUUUUCGCUUCAUCGUUUCGAAAUAACACCGCCAAAAUGGUCAAGAUUGCGAUUGUCUACUACUCGAUGUACGGCCACAUCAAGCAGCUCGCUGAUGCUGAAAAGGCCGGUGUCGAAAAGGCUGGCGGCACUGCCGAUCUCUUCCAGAUCCCCGAGACCCUGCCCCAGGAUGUUCUCGACAAGAUGCACGCUCCUGCCAAGCCCACCGACGUGACCGUCCUCGAGGAUCCCCAGCAGCUCCUCGGCUACGACGGCUUCCUGCUCGGAAUUCCCACCCGUUACGGCAACUUCCCUGCCCAGUGGAAGACUUUCUGGGACAAGACUGGCCAGAUCUGGUCCUCGGGCGGCUACUGGGGCAAGAAGGCCGGUGUCUUCAUCUCCACUGGCACCCUCGGCGGUGGCCAGGAGUCGACCGCUCUCGCCGCCAUGUCGACUCUUGCCCACCACGGCAUCCAGUUUGUCCCUCUGGGUUACGCCAAAUGCUUCGGUCAGCUGGCCGACCUGAGCGAGGUCCACGGCGGCUCUCCCUGGGGUGCCGGCACCUUCUCCGCCGGCGACGGCUCCCGCCAGCCCACCCCCAAGGAGCUCGAGGUUGCCACCAUCCAGGGCGAGGCCUUCUACAACGCCGUCAAGGGCGCUUGA